UAUGAUUAAAGUUCUGUUAUUACAGUCUGUAAUUCCAGAAAUUAAUCCAAAGGCUCAUGAGAAUGGGAGCCUCAACCUGUUCUGCAAGCUCCCAGUCCUUGAUUGAACAGGAACAACAACUAGAAUCACAGCCUCAAAUUACCACCAAGAAUCCCAAAAAACUUGCCCUUAUCCCACUAGUCUUCCUAAUCUAUUUUGAAGUCUCUGGAGGUCCUUAUGGUGAAGAACCUGCAGUUGGUGCAGCUGGUCCACUCUUUGCCAUUCUUGGCUUCCUCAUCUUCCCAUUCAUAUGGAGCAUCCCUGAGGCCCUUGUCACCGCUGAGCUGGCAACCGCCUUCCCCGGAAAUGGUGGUUUUGUCAUCUGGGCACACCAAGCCUUUGGACCCUUCUGGGGAUCCCUAAUGGGAUCUUGGAAAUUCCUCAGUGGAGUCAUCAAUUUAGCUUCAUAUCCUAUUCUUUGUGUGGACUAUCUCAAGCUGGUAAUCCCAAUUUUUUCUUCAGGCCUUCCUCGAUUUUUCGCUAUAUUUGUAUCAACUAUAGUGCUUUCAUUUUUGAACUAUUCUGGUUUGAGCAUUGUUGGUUACACUGCAGUAGGUUUAGGAAUACUGUCAUUAUGUCCAUUUAUAGUAAUGUCUUUGGUUGCAAUUCCCAAGAUUGAUCCUAGUAGAUGGAUCAGUUUGGGUCAAAAGGGUGUGGGAAAGGAUUGGACUUUGUAUAUAAACACCUUAUUCUGGAACUUGAAUUUUUGGGACAAUGCUAGUACAUUAGCUGGUGAAGUUGAAGAACCCCAAAAGAUGUACCCAAUAGCACUUUUCUCAGCUGGCAUUCUCACAUGUUUGGGGUACAUAAUUCCUCUCCUAGCUGCAACUGGUGCUAUUCCACUUGAACAAGAAGAUUGGGUUGAUGGGUAUUUAGCUUCAGCUGGAGAAGUGAUUGCUGGGAAAUGGUUGAAAUACUGGAUCGAAAUUGGUGCUGUUUUAUCAAUCAUUGGACUUUUUGAAGCUCAAUUAAGUAGUUGUGCAUACCAGCUUUUGGGGAUGGCAGACUUGGGGAUUUCACCACUAAUUUUUGGGUCACGGUCCAAAUGGUUCAACACACCUUGGUUAGGAAUUCUGAUUUCAACAGCUUUUGCACUCUCCGUUUCUUACUUGGAUUUCACAGACAUUAUAUCUUCUGCCAAUUUCCUAUACAGUUUGGGAAUGCUAUUAGAAUUUGCGUCUUUUCUUUGGUUAAGAGUGAAGUUUCCAGGUCUAGAAAGGCCAUUUAAAGUUCCAAUGGGUGUGAGAGGUUUGGUAGUCAUGUGCUUGAUUCCAUCUGUGUUUUUGGCCUAUGUUCUGGCUGUGGCUACUAAAGCUGUUUAUUUGGUUAGUGCAGUGAUGACUCUGUUUGGAAUUGUGUGGUACUUCCUUAUGAAUAUCUGCAAAUCAAAGAUGUGGUUUGAAUUCAACAACGGUGAACAAAAAUUGGAAUACCAGUAAGCUAUUUUAAACAAGGUCCAGCAAUUCAGGUUGAAACUCCAAUGGUUGUUAGGAGCAAAUUCGAAAUGGAAAAUUUGUUCAUCAGUGCCCUUAGUUCUCUUACACUUUGGAAGUGGGUCACCACAAAGAUUCCGAUUCCCCUCAAACGCAGAAGCAUUGAAACUUUGGAGCUGAGUGCUUGAUGGUAUUGGCCCUUCAAGAUUAUUGAAGGAGACGUUGAGUUUUGAUAAGAAAUGAAGACUUGUGAAAGACGUGGGGAUAUUUCCAGACAAUUGGUUCAUGGAGAGAUCCAACUGCCGCAUGCCCUUUAUGUUAGCUAUCUGUUCUGGAAUAUUACCGGACAAGUUGUUGUUGCUAAGAUCCAAAUAUGUCAGAAGCUGCGAU